AUACAGCUAAGUGUCAGAAUUUAAAGUCGUACGACCUUUGAAAUCAUUCUUCAUCAAAUAGGCAGUAUCCCUUUGUAUUAUGCUUUCUAACCCUUUCUGUAAUUCUAUGUUAGGAACAAAUUUAGAACAGGCAAUUCUUUUAAGGGGAGAUUUAAAUUGCGCAUUUUACUUAUAUGGAGAUUCGCGUCUCCACAUAAGUGUUAAGUGUUCCACGAGCUUUAAGACUGGUUAAAAUCGGAAUACAAAUAUUCGGAAAUUGUGAAUUAUAUAUUAUAUAUGCUUUUGAUAGUAAUUCAUGGGAAAACAAAUUUCGGAAUACGUUUGGAAUAGUAUUGUUGUGCAAUGAAACAGGAGGUUUGAUUUUUAAAAGUGAAAAGCCAAAUAAAUGUGGAAUCCACUGCUGUUCAAAGAAGUUGAAAUGUUUACAACGCGUUUGCUCAAUGUACCAUAAGUGACCAGGAGUCCUGCAGUAGUGUUCGGAGACCAAGCUCUGGGGCAGUUAGAGACGGGGGCGGAAGAAUGCGCUGGGCUGCACAGAUUCUCUUCAGAAGCAGGUUGCUGGGCUGGAGGCCAUACUCCAGCUAUGUGUCCCAGAUGCGCUACCUGCUGCGUCUGAAGGAGGAUGAUGAGGCGUGUCAACUGGCGCUGCAGUCUGGCAGUUUCCUCCUCUACCACAGACUGGCACCCCUGCUGCACAAGGCCGAGCAGGGAGGGUAUCGUGCAGCCAUACUGCAGGCGGCAGAUGUGAAAGGAAUCCUGAGAAAGCUGGAUAGAGAUGAGCAGCUACUGGAGGAGUCAUUUCUGAUUGGCUGCUCAGAGAAUCAAGUGGCACAGUUUUCCCUUGAUGUUGGUGGCCUGGAGCGUGAGGCUGUGGAGGAGCUCUGUGGGGGCGUCUUUGUGGACCUGAAGAAGGCUUUCUUUCUGCUGCCAGGACAGGAUGUCUCACCAGUGUCCCGGGGUCAUGCCUUGAUUCAUUGGCACCAGACCCACAGUUACUCUAGUGCCAAUGGGCUGCCUACUAAAAGAAACCAGGCUGGCAGCCAGCGGGUGUGCCAGACCAGCAGGAUUACCUACUACCCACAAAUGGCGCCGGUGGCGAUCGUGCUGGUGACGGAUGGCAGGCAGUGUUUGCUGGCACGGCAGCCUUCCUUCCCCAGGGGCUUGUACAGUGCACUGGCUGGGUUCUGUGACAUGGGAGAGACAGUGGAGGAGACAGUGAGGCGGGAGGUGGCAGAGGAGGUAGGACUGGAGGUGCAGUCUCUGAACUACACUGGUUCCCAACACUGGCCCUUUCCACACAGCUCCCUCAUGGUGGCGUGCCAUGCCACAGUGAACCCAGGCAGCACACAGGUCAGUCUGAGUGGUGCGGAGCUGGAGGAAGCCCGGUGGUUCAGUGUGGCAGAGGUGAGAGGAGCCCUCAGCAGGGGGGGGCCACCACGUCGUGGCGAAGGGGGGAACCCCUCUUUCUGGGUUCCCCCUCCCUUUGCUGUAGCCAACCAGCUUCUGCAAGAGUGGAUCAAUCAGCAGGCUGGGUUGUAGGGUCUAACGGCAGACUCCAGCCUAAAUGUCAGGUUUACAGUCAAGGAGGAGAUACCUGCGGACACACUCUGCCCCCCUCCUUCUUGGGAGCAACAUUAACUCCACCAGCGAGAUACACAGAAAAGGACUACAGCACUGAUCUUGGAGAGAUGUUGUGCUGCGGGCUUUAUGAGCAUGUUUGAAAUGGAUAAUUAGAUACCUGGAAUACGUUUGACUGUCCUAAUUAAGGAUAUAACUGUUCCCAUUUAUUCGUUCAGAUUUCAGCUGGAAUCUUACAAGACCCUGAGGCUGCACAGCCGCAAACUCCUGAUUCAAAUUCGUGUCCCUAAACUUGAGAUUUCUUUACUUUCUGACCCCACCAGCGCUUAAUCAUUUAUGUUAAAAUUCUUCUUGGCUUUACAUGGCAUUUAAAAAAGCCCUAAUCUACUUUUGCUAUUGUAAAUCCUAAAAUGAUUGGGGAAAUUCAGGCUACAAAUCUGUUCUCUGGAUACAGUCUGAUAGCUUUCUACUGACCUGUAGUAGGACAGUAAUUUAAAUGCACUGUAGGACAGCAAUGGACUGGGACAGUGAAACACACUUGUAUCUCCUUACAGUGCACAGCUACAGUACACUUUAACACCCUAGAUUUCCAAAAGACAGGCAUGUAAACAGAACAGGCUGCUGGAGCAGUAUAAUUUUAAUCAGAGAUAGAACUUAGAACUGUACAUUCAGGAUCCAUCUGGGAGGCACAUUGUUCAAAUGCAAUUGUAAACAUUGGCUCUUUGUUUCAAGCAGAAUUAUCUGACCUAGUGCAGACCUACAUUGAGCUGUAACGACCGCUGAAAAGGUUAAUAUGGAUCUCCUUAUAAAUAUUUCUGAGGACCACCAGAGAAAUACACCACUUUUUGCAUCUGACUUUCAGUUUUUAAAAAGUCCCUGAACCUGAGCUGCCUGAGUAUCGCAGCCUUUCUUACCCUCCAGUGAAAAUAUACCUGCCUUUUUUAUACAAAGCAUGUCAAAUUUUGCUGGACAUUUUUUAAACUCCCACAAUACAAUGUGCAGUACUCUUACGGUUUUAACAACUAUAAUACAAUCUGUAUUAUACAACAAGAACAAAAGCCUUUC